CCGUGAGAGCUAGUGUUUUCAUCAGCAUCUGUGCACACGGUGUUAGCAACUAAUUUAAAGUUGUAACAAGGCCAAAAAAAAGGGAGAAUAUAGUGGCUGACAACUGAGAUAAAGGAGAGAAAAACCAGAAGGAGCAGGGAGCAGCUGGAAACCACCAGAAAAAAACAAAAUCACCAGAGGAAAAAAAGCAGGAAAAACAGCUGAAAGAAGAAAGAGUGUUGAGCCGAGCAGAGAAACCAAGUGACCUGCAGUCAUUCUGACGAGAAGCAAAUCUGGAGGAGGAACAGCCAGAGGUCCAACGGGCCACACAUCACAACUUUACCAUGAGUCUGAGCAGCACUCUGGAGAAGGGAGCCCACCACCAGGCCCUGGACCUCUCUGAGGAGCUGCCGCCUCACCUCCAUCACCACUCCAACCACCAGCAGCAUCUUCACCAUUCCAACUCCCUGGCAUCCACCACCGCAGUGGGCGGAGGCAGAGAAACCCCGUCGCGUGUGGUCAUACCUCCUCCAUAUUCCGCUGCCGAGAGUGGCGUUGGGGGGAGCGAGGCCCCUCUGGAGCUGCGUGGGUCGCUGGACUGCUGGGCCUGCUCGGUGUUGGUGACGGCCCAGAACCUGGUGAUUGCUGCCAUCAACGCUUGCCUCGCCGCCGUUGUGUUCGGCACUAUCCUGACCCCGGCCAUCGUCAUGGUGGUGUUCGGCUUCCUGUGUCACUCUACGGUUCGCCCCCACGGCACGACCCCCUACUGCUCCGACCUGCUGACUGACGGAGGCUGCGUGGCUCUGCUGGUGGUGGGCUUCCUCCUGGUCACCCCUCUGCUGGUCCUGGCAUUGGCCGCGUACUGCCGUCUGGCCCGACACCUCCAGCUGGGCCUGUGCUUCAUCCCCUACAGCCGGGCCGUGUACAAGAACCUGCCGGCCACCCAGCACCGCGGCCUGGGCACCGGCUGCUGCGGCGGCAGAAACGGAGGCGAGAGCGGCGCGAAGGGAAAGGUCUGGGUGUGAGAGAGGAGAGAGAUAGAGGGGAGAGAAGCAAGACGAGGAGGUGAUGAAGACUAUUUGAUGACACAUCAAAGGGAAGCAGGAUGAAGGUUGGGUAGAAUGAUUCAGAAACAGGAGGAAAAAAUAAAACAAAACCAGAAGAAUGUGUGUAAUGUCUCAUAUCAAAUCAGAACAAUACCUGGUAUGGGAGGCUGCAUGUGUGUGUGUGUCUGUGUGUGUGCGUGUGUGUGUGUGUGUGAAGGAUAGACUCCAAUUCUACUGACAUCAUCCCGAUUACAUUUCCUUCGACUGGAACUCCCCUCUCUUUUAUAACCUUCAAUUAGUAAAAGUACAGAUCACGCUUCACUUAAUGGAUUUUAAUGAAUGCUGCCGGUUUGCAGCUGAUUAAUCUAGAGCAGGGGUCCCUAAACUUGGUCCUCGAGGGCCGGCCUCCUGCAUGUUUUAGUUCUCUUUUUGGUUUAAUGCACCUGAAUCAGAUGAUGGCUCGUUAGAAGGCCUAAGAAGAACAUUGACAUGCUGAAAAGGUUGUUGGUGCCACCAGGGAGAGAACUAAAACGUGCUGGAUGCCGGCCCUCAAGGACCGAGUUUGGUGACCCCUGAUCUAGAGGAUCAAAAUGAAGCCACAGAUUGAAAACAAAACAACUGCCGCAAGAAAUGUGGCAAAAUUUUAUGCAAGAGCAGCAUAUUUACCGGACGUGGAGCCAUCUGUGACUUUCCUGAAUAAAUCACAGGAAAGAGGAAAUCUGAAAAUAGCGCUGGGUGAUGACAAAUAGAUUUGUCUCUUAUCACAGUUACAUCAUCAUGGAAACUUGUACUUGUGAGCUUGUAGUUUAUUGUUUAGCUUUGUGAACGUUGCCUGCAUCAUUUCCUUUUUUAUAAAUAAAGUUCUUGGAUUUUUCAA